GAGUACUUCCCCUGCACACUGUGGAAGUGAGAGGACUUCCUCAUAGCCCUUGGAUGUGGGAGGAUUUCAUUCAGUCUGCUUCCUGGUUGCCGGCUGAAAAAACCUGGGGAUCAUGGACAUUGAAGCAUAUCUUGAAAGAAUUGGCUAUAAGAAGUCACGGAACAAAUUGGACUUGGAAACAUUAACUGACAUUCUUCAGCACCAGAUCCGAGCUGUUCCCUUUGAGAACCUUAACAUCCAUUGUGGGGAAGCUAUGGACUUGGGUUUAGAGGCCAUUUUUGAUCAAAUUGUGAGAAGAAAUCGGGGUGGGUGGUGUCUCCAGGUCAAUCAUCUUCUGUACUGGGCUCUGACCACAAUCGGUUUUAAGACCACAAUGUUGGGAGGGUAUGUUUAUAGCACUCCAGCCAAAAAAUACAGCACUGGUAUGAUUCACCUUCUCCUGCAGGUGACCAUUGAUGGCAAGAACUACAUUGCCGAUGCUGGGUUUGGACGCUCAUAUCAGAUAUGGCAGCCUCUUGAGUUAAUUUCUGGGAAGGAUCAACCUCAGGUACCUUGCAUCUUCCGUUUGACCGAAGAGAAUGGAUUCUGGUAUCUAGACCAAAUCAGAAGAGACCAGUACAUUCCAAAUGAAGAAUUUCUUAACUCUGAUCUCAUAGAAAGCAGCAAAUACCGAAAAAUCUACUCCUUUACUCUUGAGCCUCGAACAAUUGAAGAUUUUGAGUCUAUGAAUACAUACUUGCAGACAUCUCCAGCAUCUGUAUUUACUAGCAAAUCAUUUUGUUCCUUGCAGACCCCAGAUGGGGUUCACUGUUUAGUGGGCUUCACCCUCACCUACAGGAGAUUCAAUUAUAAGGACAAUACAGAUCUGAUAGAGUUCAAGACUCUGAAUGAGGAAGAGAUAGAAAAAGCACUGAAAAAUAUUUUUAAUAUUUCCUUGGAGGGAAAGCUUGUGCCCAAACAUGGUGAUAGAUUUUUUACUAUUUAGAAUAAGGAGUAAAACAAACUUGUGUUUUUAUUACCUAGCUCACCAGUUAUCAACUGAUGACCCAUCAGUUGAUAACUGAUGAGGGUAUCUUUUGUACCCUUACAUUAUUUUAAAGAAAAUCCUAGACAUCAAAUAAUUUCACCCAUAAAAAUUUCAGCAUAUAUAAUUAAACAGCUUUUUAAAGAAACAUAACCACAAACCUUUUGAAAUAAUAAUAAUAAAGGUAUUUUAAAGAUGGCCUUUGGUUAUCUUGGCAAUCAGUGAUUUAUGCUAGAAAGCUUUUAAUGUUGGUUUAUUGUUGAAUUCCUAGAAAGGUUUUAUUGGUAGAUGAAUAAAUAGAAUACUGUGAAAAAACUUAUUGUUUAUAAAGUAUAUUAAAACACUGUUGGCUAAUAUAAUUUGAAUUAAAAUUUUUUGAAGACUUAGGAUAUUAUUGGGCUAUGUACAUCUUCCUCAAUGCUGUCUUCCUCUGAUCUUCUUUCUAGUCUCUUAAAUUACUUUACUUCCUUCCACACUUUGCCAUAAGAGAACAAACAUGAGCUUUUCUUUAUGUAGAUCUGAGCUGAAAUCUUGUGGGUGAAUUACUUUUUAGAUAUGUGGCUCUCACUCCUCAGACAUAAAAUGGGAAUGAUGAUUUUAUAGUUCAGUGCCAGAACUAAACUCCUAACAAAUAUUUGUUAUAUGGAUCAAUUAAUGUCAGUAAUGUUUUUGGUACUAGGUCAUUAUUUAGUAAAGGUUGUUUUUCUAUCUUGCUUGCUCCCC